ACAUGCUGCCUUUCUCUGGCUCGGCCUCCCGUCUCGAGGCUAACCUCCCUACUUAGCUCCGGGCAUGCUGGAUUUCACUUCAGUGGUUCUCUCUCUCUCUCUCCCUCUCUACUCGUUGGGCAGAAUGACGUGGAGGCGACCAAAGCAGCCCCGGUGAUGAACUCUGCGAAGUCCGACUCCUCAGCAUCCUCGGUGCCUCUCACUGCCUCCCUGGACGACCCGGAGAUGAAGAAAGUGAUGGAGAAGUGCAAGAGGCUGCAGAAUGAGAUGAACAAGAUGGCCGACGAGAACCGGCAAUUAAAGGACGAAGGUGUUAGAAUGAGAAAGGUACCUCGCUCAGACCACAUGACAUCAAACUCAACUAGCCUCCUCGGCCGAGAAGCCAGCACCGCCUCCCUGCCCUCCCUCCUCGUCGUCAUAGCAGCCAUCUUCAUCGGUUUCUUCCUAGGGAAGUUCAUCUUGUAGACUGGGAGAUGCAUGCCAGCCGG